UAUGGAAGAAAACAGUAUUUUUAUCGUUCACAGGCGGCAGAUGAAGGGAAAUGUGAGAAAGAACUCAACGUAAGUAAACAAGACUGGGACGAAUUAAAUAAAAAUCCAGCCGAGCCUGCUGAAAAAUUGUUGUGCUUCUUCAAAUGUGAAUACGAACGUGUAGGAGUACUUAAUGCUGACAAAACUGUUGAUGCAGAAAAAUUUGUCGAAAAAGUAGGAAAGUAUAGAGAUCUUGGAGAAACCGAAAAGAACGAAAUCAAGAAAUGCGUUCAGAAACUGACAGUUUCUGUUAACAACUGUCCAGAUACCAAACCUUACCAUCUUUGCGUCCACCAAGUACUUAAGAAUGAGGUAUAGCUACAAAAGUGGAUUCAAAUCAAGGGAGGAUCUUCAAAUUUGUCUAUGUUUGGGUUAUUAUCAGAUUCUUAAUUCUGGAGGGUAUAUCUCCCUUAUACUCCUCUUUGGAUCCGCCCUUGGUCUAAAAAUGGUAAUCUGUGCUAUAUCAACCUGAUAUUGACAUUCUUCUUUUUUUCUUACUUUUCCAAAUUUUUUGUUUUGAUUAUUAUAGAAGGAAAUAUUCUUGUUUAGUGAAGUCGAAGACAACAUCCAGUUUCGAAUAGACAAAAACUCAGUAUUCUGCAAUGAAAGAGCAACAUUAAAAUUUGUUUCAUUAAAUACUGAGAAACCUGUAAUAAUGCAGAUGAGUGCAACUGCUUGAAGAACAUCUAGAUAUACUCAAUUCUUCAAUCAUCUUUGGAAAUGAACCUAAAUAAUACUUUUGUGAUAAUUUUAAUAAAAUAGCGUUCUAAA